GCAAAGUGACCAUUUGGACCUUGGAUCGAGCAAUUACUGACCAGGUCUGGGACAGAUCGACAACUGAGGAACAGUCGUGCAGUGGAUACCUUUCAAUGCGCAGACAUGUGCCUCUGGCCAUCAAGAACCUGCGUUCCGGGUGGACAGCGUCAUGUCGGCCUCUCCAGAGUGUCCCGCUGAGAUGUUCUGAAUCGACAAUUGAAUCAGUAUCGACGUCUAGCUCGCUGGGCAUUCCGUCCGACGAAUACAAUACGCGACCCAUCGCCUCAUCAUCUCGGCUUCCCCCACCUCCCUCCAUUCUUGAGCCUUUGACCUCUGACGACUUCACCAAGCCUCUGUACAUCACCUCGCCGAUCUUCGACGUUGACGGAUUACCCCAUCUAGGUCAUCUUCACGCCUUGAUCAUCGCCGAUGUGCUGGCUCGCUACUCUCGCUUACGAUAUCCUGAUCGAGAUGUCCGACUUGUAGUAGGGACCAACGAGCUAGGUCCUGCUGUCUCAAAAGCGGCACAGAAGGCCAAGGCCCCGCCCAUAGAAUAUGCCUCGGUCUUGACGUCCCGAUUCCGACUCUUGAUGGAAGAGUCACAUAUAGAACCGACAGAUUUUGUUUUCACGACCAAGAAAACACAUCAAGCUGCUGUCACCAGUUUCUUGGACAUUCUCUCGGCUUCUGAAGACCUGUAUCCAGCCUAUCAGAUUCGAUGGUAUUCCAGAGCUGAGGGUCGAUACAUCCCGAAUCAUCAGCUAGAGACCUCUCAUGAUGGCUCUACGACGCUUCGAUCAACAGGAGAAGCCUUAGUCCGACAGGAAGUCAAGGUUUGGAUGUUUCGAUUGUCUAAUUAUCGAGAUGCACUCCAGGCGUGGAUAGAUAUGCCACUGGCUUUACACCCGCCAAUGCAUAGAAUCCGAAUCCUCGGCUCGUUCCUCUCACUGAGCGACGUACCUGUCUCUCAUCCUGCGGAAAGGGGUGAAACGGGCAUACCAGUACCCAAUGAUCCCUCGCAGAUGAUUGAUUCUUCGUUCAGCUCUCUGAUCAGCUAUAUCUCUUCUUUGGGAUAUCCAAACCCAUCCGAGGUUUGGCCUGCAGACGUCCACAUUAUAGGCAAAGGUCGAUUAAAAUCGCAUGCCCUGCUAUGGCCAGCACUCUUGCUAUCGAUUGGUGUCGAGCCACCGCGCUCACUGCUCGUGACUAAUUAUUGGACCAAAGACGGCGAAAAAAUGUCUCGGGAAGUUGGGAGACCUGUCGAUCCGCGGACGUUAUUACGCUUCUACGGUGUAGACGCUGUCCGUUGGCAUCUGAUGCGCUCGGGAGGUUACCUGAACAGAGAUACAGACUUCAACAUAGAGAGGCUUGAAUCAGACUAUGAUUUCCUAUGUUCAAAUUACGGUCAUUUGCUGAAUCGCAUUUCGAGUCGUGGCGCAAUGGACAAGGCGACCGGGACAUGGCUUAUCAAGCGAGAUCCGAAUAUGGAGUCCAUGAUUGCUCGAAUCAAAGACGUUUACUGUCAGCACAUGGACAAGCUGGAGCUAAGCAAGGCAUGUGAUCUCAUCUCAGACUUGAUUCUGCAGGCCAAUAAGACGUUCAUUGCUCUCGGUCCAUUCAGGCCAUCAGGUACCGAUACAAAGCUCAAGGCUCCCGAUACGUCUUCGGCCAUCUACUAUGCCUAUCAUGCGUUGAGGAUCUCUUCGAUUCUCAUGAGGCCCUUCAUGCCGCUAAAGUCUAUGGAAAUGCUAGACAGACUCUGGAUCUCAGCGAGUGAGAGAGGACUAGACGAUGCAGUCAUCACCUUUGCAAACGACUCGACGGAGAUUGACGUACGACGUACAAUCGAGGUCAUGCGAGACGGCAUGCAAUUUGCCAUCAAAUGCAAGCUACCGGUUCUAUUCAAGAGAUUGCACCUGAAGAAGAACGAAUCGAUCCUGCAUGGGCGAUUGGUCUCUGGUCCGUAGUGUAGUCUUAAACGUACACUGAGAUGCGACAAGAUAGUAGCGAAUCAUGCAUUAUACUUCGCAGGGCGG